AUACAUCUCUAUGGAUAUACCCGAUAUCGAAACGACGAUCUCGAGAAGAUGCUAAUGUAUGGAGUGAUGCGGUUGAGGUUGAACUGUCUUGAAGUGGGAUCUGUAGUUUCUGCAAUAUGCCACCAUAAUAAUCUUGCCUUUGAAUGAAUGUUAAGAAUCAUGGUGCCAGAAUCAUUUUAUUGUUAAACUCAAUUAACGUUAGAACUGCGUUUUUGAUAGCAAAAGUCUGAUGCGCUGAGCAUGCAAGUCAAUGCUGAAAUUGAUAAACGGAAUCUGACAACUACCGACCUCGUUCGUAGGAUGAGUGCUGCCGCCCAGCCAGGCGCACACUAGCUGACCGAGUCGUCAUUUCUUGCCAUUUGGGGAGAGCCACCUUUAAAUUGAAGUUGGCUUUGCUUCAAUCAUUCAUGUGAACUGAGAUCUAGCUGCAGCUGUUGAGCAAUUAUAUUCCACCAUCAAGCUUGUGCAAGAUUCAAGGAUAAUUCAAGGCUUGCCAGUUGAUAUUUAUCUUGGGUUCAGUAGAGAAAAGGCAACACUUGAAGAAGAGAAUCAAAUAGGUUGUCAACUAUCAUAUCCAUUCCAUUGGCAUGAAUGCUCUGCAGUUUGGAAAGAACAUGAUUCGAAGGCAUAAUAGCUGCAAUCGCAACCACUCGGAAGAGCACACCGGUAUACAAAGUGACCCUGAUACCGAUGAGAUUGAAGAUUGUGGCAUGCCACUUUGUACAAAGUUGGUGAAAGAGUUCAACAUUGAGACGGCUCGUUACCAUGACCUUACGUUGACCCUUGGAGGAUCCAGUGAUUCUGAGUACCUACGUGAUGAGCUCAAGAGGACAAGGAAGAAUGCCUUUGAUCUAGCCAAGAAAAGUAUGCGCAAGUUGCUACCUCACCUCAAAGAUAAAUUUGACUUCAAGGCAGAGCGUAGCGAGUACGAGAGGCUGUGGAACAUGUUUUCAGCUUGCUUGGAGGUUUUUGAAGGUCACAUGAGAAAGUCGCUGGAGCUGGUAAAAUCAUUCCCCAUCCAUGCAGGUAACAAGGUCUUGAUUAACACUGGUGUAAUGGAACCUCUGGGGGUUGAUAACAUUCCUGUGAAUGUGGAGAAUCUUGAUAUUCCCUGCGUUGAUAAGAUGGUACUGGAGAGAGAAGAUACCAGAUUAUUGGAGAGGGAUAUUCUUGAGUUGCGUAACCUGAUGUCGGAGAUGCACCGUCGCGUUGACAUCAAACCAUGGACCAUCCAGCCUCCCAGUGAUUAUAAACUGGACACCAAGUCUCAGACCUCACUCAACAGUGAAACGGCCUCCUCAACAGGCUUUGAUCCCCAGUACGAUGCGCGACAGCGACGUAAGUGUGCCUUUCUGGUGUCCGUGGCCCUGAUCACCCUGGUGGCUUUCGCAGCAAUCCUCAUCAUCUGCCUGGUUCUCUUAGAAGGGAAGUAAAUCAAUACAUCAUUAUCAUCGCUGCAGGAGAGCAUUUCAUGAAAGGUUCCGUCAGAUGUUUUGUUCAUCCAACAAAGUAUGUUUUAAUAUCCGACAGGUACGGUAGCGACAGUCAUUCAUCUGCUUCUCAGCCAAUCAAAAUCAAGGAAAGUUGACAACUUGUCAGGUGACAACUGUUGAGUGAGUGAAAUGCUAACCUGAGAGAAUGGUGUCUGUUGGUAUAUUGCAUGACCUUGAUAUCUUUGAUAAAUUUUUUUUUUCAGGUAGUGAAAGGGGGGGGUCACAAAUUCACUAAAGGCAUGUUCCAGUUAAGUAAAUCUGGACAUGAUAAAUCUAUUUAACUGCAAGAAAUCUAUUUAUACCUUAUUUGCUUUGAAUGUGUUAAUUGCCCUUGACUUUAGUUUUCUGAUUACAAAGUGGAAGAUGAGAUUGGGGAUGUGAACUUCGUCUUAGUCCUGAGUAAUGUGAGAAUAAUCAAGUUUGGUGUUGGGUUAUAGAGUUGCUCAAUGAGCUGAUUUUAAAUUCUCAUGGGCAUCAGUUUUCCGGGGGAGGGGGGGGGUGAUUAUUGUUUGCUGACCCCAGAGUUAAUGAAAAAGCAUUGGAAAUACCUGUAACAGAGACAUCUGGGGGGGUAAGCAAACUUGGUGUACCAGCAUGAAAUUCUUCGGCCAAGCCUCCUUAACCUUGCCCAGGAUGAGGAAAGUGAAAGAAUGACUUCACAAUAAGGCAAUAAAUAUCCAGUGGCCAUUACAUAAUGUCAGCUUGUCAUGACUCUCAUUCUACUCUGGGUGAUGUGUAUCUGAAUGGUGUCGAAUUCCCCAUGAAAACGGACAUUAAUAUGCCUUUAACAUGCAGAUUUUCAAGGAAGCCAUCUUCAUAUACAUGUAGGAGUAGUAUUGGUUCCAUGACGUAUGCUCCGCUAUAACAAGGACUCAGUUUUAAGGCGACUGCUCACCUUAAUCCAUUUCAGGUAGAGCAAUCUAUCACUCGCCUCAGCGAAUCAUAAUUUUUUUGUGACAUG